CAUUCCUCGUUCCCGAAUUCACCCAAAAUUAAUUUAUCCUUUGAAUUACUAAAAGAAUUUUCUUUCGCACCGGAAACUAUUCUAGGAGAAGUUCGAAUCCGUUCCGUUCGGAUAUUGAUCGGUCUUGGUUUGACAUGGUUUACGCGUUACUGGUUUCCGGAAGAGUCAAUUUCUCCAUUAGCUAAACCCUUUCUUACCCUACCUUUGGACUCGUAUUUUGUUCGUACACAAUCAACGGAGGCCUCCCCGACAUAUGUGGCAACGUCUCCAAUAGCAUGUUCUUACUUCGUCUUUCCCUUAAUAAGUCAUCAAAUUUGGUGCUUUUCGAUCCCCAGUUGCUAUGGGGAACAAAGGACGAAAUACAAUCGAUUCCUCCAUUUAAGCGGUUUUCGCUUCUCCUUGUUCCUGUUCCUAACUCCUCCCUGGGUAGUUCCCAAUGUUUGGCACUUUUCAUACUUCGUGGGUGCAACAUCAACAAAUUCGCUCAUGAUCAAGUUACAACCUAAGAUCUAUGACCAUAUUAUGUUAACUGUUCGUAUUUCGUUCAUUCCAUCGGUAUGCUCUCAGGUACCUGUAAUUGUGAUCCGUUUGCCAGAACCAAGGGGUCUUUCUGUGGAAACCUCCACGAGCAAUCGUCGUUUUUUGAUGGUUUUUCCGCUUAUCACAGCUGCUCUUUCCACACCUCCGGAUAUCUGGUGCCAAAUCGUCGCCCGUUUCCCUAUUUCUUCGAUAAUAGAGUUGGCUAUCUCUGUGGCAUCGAUUGUACAAGUUCGUGAAGAGGGCUGGACAAGUAGAAUGAGGGAAAGCGGCUCGAUCGACAAAAAAGAGGAGUAGAGUAGCCCCCCUAGAACCUGGCAAAAGUGACUAUCAAUGAAUUCCCGAGCAAUUAAAAAAAAAAAAAAGAUUCCCCGAAUUGAACCAAUUCCCCGGCUGAUGAGACGCGCCCCCAUAUAUUGGUUGGGGCAUUACAGACCAAAGAAAGGCAUGGCUUACUUUGUUUGAGGGAAGUUAAAGAACAUGCGACCGCAAGUAAGCGUCAGUGCCUGGAGACUUUACAACAUGGCCAUAAGCACUGGGGCUGACGUUAUAUUUAUUAUGGUGAAGAACCUUUGUGAUCAGCUGGAGGCUUUUGGUAUGAAAAACUAUGACGCCGGUAAUCUUAGUCAGAUCAUUAAGGAAAACAAUUUAGAAUCUGAUGGGAUAAGGCAGUCUUUGCUACUGCAUCAUAAUAACCCUUCAAAAUUUUCUUAAUGCAAAGGUGCAUGAGAAGACGUAUACGUAUAGGAGGAUGAACAGGCUCAGCCUGUCUGGAUAAAGUGUAGAUCCUCAUCCUAGGGAUAUACUUUAGUUCUUUUCUUUCUACGUAAAAAUUUUCUUUUAGGGGAAGGCAAAAGGAGCAUCAGGGAGCUCUUCCAAGAACAAGAAGUGGAAGCCGGGGUACGUGUCUUAGGUGCGGGCAGAUGGGGCACUAAGUGAUAGAGUGCAAUGCCAAAAUCUUAAUAAGCAAAUCGGCUAUUGGGCUUUCUAGUGAGUGUUCCGUUCCGAGAUCGUCUGCUGAACUAGUGGCAUCAUGAUAGGAAUGGUUUUCAUUCAGUUCCGAAAGUCCCUUGCUUCUUCUGUCUUCAAAGCUAGGCUCCUACUUGCAGCGUAGGGGUUUUAUAUGUCUGUAAGUGAGAGAUCUAUUUGUCCUGUCUUCCUUUAACUUGUCUGCAUCCUUUCUUCUCGGAACAGGUAGAAUAGUAUAAGAAUAGGACAUGGAUAGUGCGGUAGUGGGAUGAGAGAAAGAAGUGUUAUACCGUUUGUUGAAUAAGCCAAUAAGAAGGAAGGGAUUUAUCAAGCAAGAUAGCAUUCAUCAAGCCAGAAUGCCUAUGGAAUCGGCUGUUUUACUCUAUAAUGACAGGCAUGGUACGAAAGCACUUCGCCCGAAAGCAAGGGAAAUACCAGGAGGCAAUGGAUUGCUGCUUCCACUAUUUGAUCAAAGGGAUCUGUGUCACUGUCACUAUGGUUAAGACAUGCAAUUGCAAUUGGAUGGUUCCUGCUUCAUUCUAAAGUGAGGGUCCCUUCCCACAAGACUAGCAUUGUCAGCCAUACAUAAAAGCUAUCAACGAUUUAGUAGUAUGACAUUACUACUGAACGAAACCAACCAUACUAAUAGGACUUCUAAAAGAAGUAGUAAUAGAAGAGAGGAGAGAGACCUUCGGGGGUCAAAACUUGCAAUCUAGGCCCGCUUUGUCUAGUGAAUUAUGAACGCAUUGGCAUACCGACCUGCAGGAAUUAU